UUUUAUUUUUAUUUUCGCCUUUCUGUGUAUUCCGGGUAUACAGUAUACCGCCUGGUACAUAGUAAGUGUUUAAUAAAUGUUCGUUGGUUUCGCUAGAGUGUUAAAUGAAAUAUAGCAGUUUCCGGCUUGUAUUUAAAAGGAGAGUAUUGAUAUUUUCCUUUAACGAGCCCCAAGGCCAUCUCAGCCUUGCCACUCCUCCCCCCCCCCCACGUGAUUUCCCGUAACUCUUCGGUGCCCUCCCCUAAAGCUAGUUUCAUUUCCCUCUCCUCUGCUGCGGUCUUGGAGAGCUAGUUGUCUUCCUCGAAGGCAUCUAUCUGGUAAGGAUCACGAUGGCCGAGCUGCAGCCCCUGACUGAUGAGCUGACCUGCUCCAUUUGCCUGGAAAUCUUUCAGGAGCCCGUUACUACUCCGUGCGGACACAACUUUUGCUCGCGCUGCCUGGACGAGACCUGGACAGUCCGAGACUCCCAAUUCUUCUGCCCCCAGUGCCGGACUUGCUUCCAGGUGCGGCCACAGCUGAAGAAGAAUACAGUGUUGUGCGCAGUAGUGGAGCAGUUGCAGCAAGCCCACAGCCUCUGGGAUUUGGGGGCGUCUUACAGUGAGUCCCAAGAUGGCGAGUCCUUGUACCCGUCGUCGAGGAAGGGAAACCAGGCGAAGGAGGAACCCGCAAAGACUGUGGCCUGCGACCAUUGCUUGCAGGCUGUUGCCAUCAAGACGUGCUUCACCUGCAUGGUGUCCUUCUGCCCCGAGCACCUGAAGCCGCAUCUGGACAAUCCCAUGUUCCAGGGUCACGACCUGCAGCCGCCCGUCUGGGACCUGGCCAGCCGCAAGUGCCCGGAGCACAGCCGCCUGAGGGAAUUCUUCUGCUCUCAGCACGGCCUCUGCAUUUGCUGCUUGUGCCUGGUGGGGCACAAAACCUGCUCUCCUGUAACUCUGGACGUGGCCAGGGCCGAUUUGAAGUUAAAGAUGAAGCAGAAGUUGACAACCCUAUAUGACCACAUCAAUAAGGCUUCAAAUGCAUUGAAAGAUGUAAAAUCAAAACAAUAUGCAGUCCAGGAAACAGCAGCCAGAAAGAUGGAGUUGUUAAAACAUGAAUAUGAAGAAAUGAAAGUCCUCAUUGAAUCAGAGGAGAAAAAUUCUCUGCAGAAAAUGAAAGAGGAAGAAAAGAGAGUUUUGGACAAAUAUGAUCAUGUUCAUCAGGUCCUGCUCAAGAAAAAGAGUGAAAUUGAGUCUAUGAAAGAAGAGAUUGAACUUUUGCUCACAAAAAAUGAUGAGAUUGCUUUUUUGGAGAAAGCCUCAAAACUGCAAGAACUUGUCAUCAAGGCUGUGUUUGUACCAAAGAAUGAAUUAAACCAAGAGAUGAUGCACAGUGUUUAUCAAAAUGCCUUCUCCUUUAAAGAAGUUUUAAAAGAUAAAAUAAACAAUCCUCAAGAGAAGAAAACAGAAGAGUCAUCUGGUCCUGGCCCAGAUGUUUUUGGAAAAGGUUUGCCUUUCUCUAAACCGACGUAUCCCAAUAGAGAAUCUCGCCUAACGAGACGGAUCCUCAAAGGGGACAAAGUAGGAGACAAAUCACAGUUGCCAUUGGGUCAUCAGCAAGAGAAGAGUGGAACUCCAGACCAGAAACAGAAACCUAAAAAACCUGUCCCUGCUACUGCUUCAACCCACAGUCAGAAUUCCGGCAUGGGAUCUUUGACAGACUUAACAAAAUUAAAAACCGCUCUCCAAGAUACUACAGAAAAAGUCAAUGCCUUACCAAAGAAUUCACCAACUCAGAAGACACAAGUACUAGAGGCAUUCUUGGCAAAAUCCAGAGCAGAGCUUCUGCAAUAUGCUACUCGAGUGGUUCUGGACUACAACACUGCCAACUACAAAGUGGCUUUGUCAGAGAACUAUACUGUAGCAUCUGUUGCUUCAGCCCCCCAGAACUACCCAUCCCGUCCCCAGAGAUUCACCUACUGCUCCCAGGUCCUUGGGCUGCACAGUUACAAAUCAGGAGUCCACUACUGGGAAGUGGAAUUGCAGAAGAACACCUUUUGCGGCAUUGGUAUCUGCUAUGGAAGCAUGGAUCGCCAUGGUCCUGCCAGCCGACUGGGUCGCAACAGCUCCUCCUGGUGCGUAGAGUGGUUCAACAACAAGAUCUCCACAUGGCACAAUGAUGUGGAGAAAAACCUGCCUCUCACCAAGGCCACCAGGAUUGGCGUGCUCCUGAAUUACGAUGACGGCUUUGUCAUUUUCUUUGCCAUCACAGACAAAGUCAACCAGAUCUAUAAGUAUAGGGCAGAGUUUUCAGAAGCAGUGUACCCUGUCUUUUGGUUAUUCUCCAGUGGCACUACUCUAUCCAUCUGCCCCCUGAAAUAGGAAGUCAUUUUACUCAAAGGAUGGGGCCUAGGGCUUACCCCCCCCAUCCAACUCAGGCUACAUCCUGUGCUAAGUUCAAAAAAUGAAUUAUCAUUUUUGGCUAAGGCUGUCUGAUUAUGGGAGAAGCAACCUGCUCCCUUUUCAUGAUGGCUUUCUUUGGAUAAUUUUACAGAUAAUUCUGUAUGAGAGUUUUCUUUGGAUAAUUUUACAGAUAAUUCUGUAUGAGAUUGGGAAGAAAGUUUUAGGAAGGAGGGAUGAGCAUUUGGUUUGAUAAUGGGGGUUCAGUUAAGCUGAAUUUUAAGGCCUAAAAUCACAUCAUCUUUAGAUAAAAUGGCUUCUUAAAGUUGCGUUAGCUAAAUACCAAGCCAUUGAUCAGUUUAUGGAAGCUUAUAUUGUUGGUACUUUUUCUAAACCCCAGAAAAGUAUAAUUAGUCCUACAGGUUGCCAGGUGCAGGCCUUACUGACCCCUGAAAGUUGGGUUUACCUCAUGUGGUAUACCCCUGCCAUCCUUCCUCUCUCUCUCCAACUCUAACUCUCAUGAUUAUCUUCAUCUCUUUAUCUAUUUGAUCAAUUUGAUUUUUUUUUUUUUUUUUUUUUUUUUUUUUGCUGAGGCAAUUGGGGCUAAGUGACUUGCCCAGGGUUACACAGCUGGGAAUUAUUAAGUGUCUGAGUCUGGAUUUGAACUCAGGUCCUCCUGACUUCAAGGCUGUGCUCUAUCCGCUGCACUACCUAGCUACCCCUAUUUGAUCUUUUUUUUUUUUUUUAAAGAUCUACAAAGAGAAGCAUUUGAAAUUGAGACCUUGAUGCAAGCCCCCCUUCUAGUAGUUCUAAUUCAAAAGCCAAAAAAAUUUUAAAGCUUUGCUAACAAGUUCUAUGCUUCCAUUGUAAUAAAUUAAAUGAAAUUGAUAUUGUGUUGGGAAGGGGAAGCUAUAUAUUUUCUCAUGCUAAGAGAAGAAAUUUUACCAAAGACCCAAAAUUUUAAAAGAAGAGAUCUUUCUUUUUCCUUUUUUCCCCAUCCUCUGUAGAGGGAAGAUAGUUUUAAAAACUUUUGCUUUUCAUGGAUGUAUCAAGGUCUUAGAUAUGACUCUGGAAGAGAUUAUAAAGCUCAAUUUGCCUAGCCCCUUCAUUUUAUGAAUAAGGAAACUGGGACUCUGUAAAUUUAUGACUUUCUCAGUCACACAGGUCAGGAAAAGAGUAAGGAUUGGUACCUCCAUUCUCUUACUCUAUAUCCAGUAAUUUUUUUGCUACAUCAGGCAGAAAUAGACCCUUUAUUAUUGUAUCUGCCCUCUUAAGAUGAGAAUAAGUAUUAUUUUCCUUUCUAACUGUAGAGUAUCCCUUAUUCAAUUCAAGGCUCUAGGAUUAGGUCCAAAGUGAGCUAAUGGGUAUGGAGAGGAGGUCUUUGGCUUUAAACAAACCAGUCCCCAGCUUCUGAGUUCUUAGUGAAGCUUCAAUAUUGGGGAAACUUUGGCUACUACUCUCUUGUGUCAGCCUCACAGCUGCUGCAGCUAAUCUGAGACCUUUUCUGCCAUGGUACAUGUUCAUAGGAGGAGAAAUAGCACUGGUGUUAAUCCCAGUCUUUUGGAAGUACGUUAAUCUUCCCUCCUCUCCUUUAACCUGAGUUUAACAUGAUAACCAUGGUUUUGCCGAAGUAUUUUUCAUCUCUUUCAUUUGUGAAUAACUCAUUUUUGUCUAUAUUUUCUCAAUGGAUUAAUGAGUUAUUGGCAAUAUGUAGACAUAGUUGGUCAUGGAAAAAAACAGGUAUACAAUAUCUGAAUCUUCCAUGUGAUUGUGUCUCUAAGAAACUGCAUUCUGGUGAUGUUGGAGUGCUAGACAAGAACAUGUACUUGAACUAGACUCCCUUCCCCUGAAGAAAAUAGAUAUUCAUUCAUUCAUUCACAUUGAGAUCAUGAGGAACAUAAAUUAGACCCUGAAAGCACUGUAGAUGCUGUGAAGUCUGGUCUCCUCAUUUUAUAGAUGAGGAAACUGAAGUAUCUUGCAUAGAAUCACACAGCUCCUUAGUGUCUGAAGCAAGAUUUGAACUCAUAUUUUUCCUGAAUUUCAAGUCUUAUGCUUCAGUCAUUAUACCGCAUCGGUAUCCAGGUUUUUUCCCCAAUUCCUUCCAUUUUGAACUUGUUGUCUACAUUAUCUAGUAUAAUAUCCCCAGCUAACUUGGCCACAGAAUGCUUUGGGAUUUGAAAUUCUAGCCUAGAGGUAAUUAGGGGUUUGGGGGGAUCCCAAAAGAAAAAUUAUAAAAAAAGAUAAAGGAAAUGAUCAAUUUUCAUAUUGGAAGAUUAUUGUCUAUGAUAGGUAUUUUCUGAUAUGUUUUCACAUAUGAUAUAUUUUUUUUAGAGGAGAAAAUGCUAUUAUCAGUGAAAGCAUCUCACAGAAACCUCUAUCUAUGUAUUGUGUAAUAGUCUAAUAGCUUGCACAAAACCUGUCACAAAUAUAAAGGUGUGGGCUUUUCUUCUCAGUGACUUAAAGUAAUGACAUGGUUUUGUGGAAUAGACUCCAGGACACCAAGGGAAAUUUUAUUCAUCUUUGGUCAUUAGAAUAAAAGCUCCAGAGUCGCCCUCUCAACUUGUAAAGUCCUUCUUAGGUCUGAGACAGAAGGCUUACUGUGAGACUUUUUCGAAAUUCCUGAUUCCUAAGGAAAGAUUCUCUCUUACCCCCAAUAUAGUGGUACAGAGUUGUGUCUUUCUUGGCAAGACUUGCCAUUACUUCUCUACAAAGUUGCUCUGUUUGUGAGAGAUUUAUUAAGCAGUUACUCUGUUUACAAGAGGUUAUAGGAUACAAAUGGUUGAAACUUCUCUACAUAAAUAGAUCAUCUUGAGAAGUAUUCUGGGAGGUACAAAGGUUUACUUAGUUACUCUUUGAGAGCUUUACUUGGGGGAAAGUUCUCUAGAUCUCUUUCCCUACUUUCUCUCUCUACUUUAUAGUGAUAAGUAACAAAUAUGUGUAGAAUAGGGGGAGAAAUGCUUCAGUGGAGACUAAGCUUACUGAUGCUGAGAAUAAACGAAAGAGAGGUAAUCACUCAGCUCCCACCUCCUUAGACAAGAAGAUAAUGCAGGUUUCUCCCUAUUAUUUGCUGACUCAAUAAAUGGCAAUUGAUGCUCUAGGAAACAUGUUUUUGGUUUCUUUUUUAUAUAUUUCAUUAAGCACACUCUAAUGUUCAGGAUUUAAAUGAUAGGAACCUCCUCAACUGGAAGCUUUGAGCUACUGUGGUUGUAUUCCUAGCUUUUCCUUGAACAUAAAUGUCACAGAGCCAGAAGGUCAAGACUGUGAGGACCUGAGGGACCAUCAUUUUGUUCCUGUCCUUAAAAAACAAGCUAAUUAUCAUAUUAAGGUGUGGCUGAUUAAGGAGGAAAGGGCUGUCUCAAAAUCAGACAGUUACACCCCUUUAUAUUACUACCCCAAGAUUAUUAGGGUUACAAGUUAGGGGCAAAAUGUGGUAUAUAUUAAUAUACAGCCACUCUCUUAUUUUUGCUUAGUUGGUUUUCCUAAAAAGGAAAUAGAUAAUCAUCCAUUAUUUAGCAUGAAGUAGCAUAAAUUACAAGCUAAUAGUAUCAUAAACUUAGAGCUAGAAGAUCCUCAGAAGUCAGUUUAUCUAACCUUCUUGAGAUGAGAAAAUCCAAGUUCAGGCAAGUGAAGCAGUUUGUCCAAGGUCACACAGAUAACAAGUAUCAGAGGUGGAAUUUGAACCCAAACUCUGACACAGAGCUAGCGCUCUUCCCUUUGUCCCAUGCUAGCCCUUAGCAUGGUUUUGCUGUUGAAUUCUAAAUGCUUAGCACAUAGUGAAUGCUUAAUAGAUACUUGUGAAACUGAAUCCAUUUUUUCAUCAUUGAUUGUCUUGAGAUAGAUUUCUAGCCCAUAAUGAAUCCUUAAUCUGUAAGGUUUCCUCUAUUGAUCUCUGUUGAUCAUUGUAGAAACUGAUUUUUCAUAUCCUAAGGGAAUUGCCCAUCCUGUGAUUAUCUGACAUAACCAUGGUUAAAUUCUAGCUCAUAAUUGUAAUAUUCUUCUCUGUCACCUUAGUUCCACUUAUUUAGCACCUUGUAAAAAUCCUAACACAUAAUGAAUCCGUAAUCUGUAAGUUUUCCUCUAUUCAUCUCUGUUGAUCAUUAUAGAAAAUGAUUUUUCAUAUGCUAUAGGAAUAGCCCAUCUUGUGAUUAUCUGACAUAACCACAGUUAAAUUCUAGUCCUAAUGAAUCCCUCAAACUGCAAGUUUUCCUCUAUUGAUCUCUGUUGAUCAAUACAGAAACUUAUUUUUCAUGUCCUAAUGGGAAUUUCCUGUCCUAUGAUUAUCUGGCAUAACCACGAUUGAAUUGUUGUUUCCUUUGAAUGAAUCCAAUAAAAUUUCACCAAAAUAGAAUUCAAUAAAGUUGUAUCACAUCAGAAA